GAGCUCUCCGACUCGGGGUCGGCCCACCUCAGCCUUGUCCAGCGGUGUCUGGGACCGAGGCGUUUCCAGAGCCUCGCGCCCCCCUCCCCAGGGUGGACAAUGGUCUAUAGGAGGUAGUUAACAGGACUGAACUACGACCACAGCAAGGGUUGGGUUCUUCUUGUACGGCGGUGGAAGACGCGUCGGAGGUCGACUGCUCCGUCGUGUUCCGCAUCCUGCUGGUUGGAAGUUCCAGCACGGGUAUCAAAGCCGGACAAGAAAGGGCUCCACGCAGGCUCCCAUUUCAAGGGAAAUCUAUUGUGAAUUGGUUGGGGAGAGGCUCGGCGACGUCCCGAUCAGAGAGUCGGCAUGCAAGAACCCGAAAUAUUCGAGCAGCCCGUGGCCGACAGGGACCCGGAAGUCCAGGUGACCGACGAGCAUGUCGGGACUGUUUACAGCAAUGGGCUCCGAGCAACACCUGUUGAGGACGACGAGUCGGAUGGCUACCACGACUUUGUUUAUCCCGAGGACAGGAAACUAGGGACUUGGUCGACGGCGUUCCUCAUCAUCAACCGCGUGGUAGGCGGGGCGAUAUAUUCCAGUCCCUCGGCCAUCAUAUACUCCCUCAACAGCGUCGGGGGGACGUUGCUCUUCUGGGUAUUGUUCGUCUACCUCGAGUAUGGAACUGCGUUGCCGCGUUCUGGGGGCGAAAAGGUUUAUCUAGAACGAGUGUAUCAAAGGCCAAGGUAUUUGGCCACAUGCAUUUUUGCAGUGCAAUUUGUGCUGUUUGCCAUCUCGACCGGCAAUAGCAUUGGCUUCAGCAGCUAUCUGCUGCGCGCCGCAACGGGAGACCCUCGAGACGGAUCUUGGCUUAACAGGGGCAUCGCCAUUGCGGCCAUCACAGUGGUCUGCCUCAUCCACGCUUUCGCACCGCGCUGGGGCAUCUGGCUGAGCAAUGGACUCGGCUCCUUCAAGCUAAUCCUACUCACUCUCGUCGUCUGCACCGGGUUUGCCGCACUUGCCGGCAGGACGGCAGCACCCAGGCCCAACCCUAGUAACUUUUCGAGUUUCCACGGUCCGGGCUGGAUCAGGCCUGACGGCAGUGACUCCGCGGGGGCAGCUGGCGGGUACGCGCUUGCUUUGCUGCAAGUGCUGUACGCAUACAGCGGGUGGGAGAAUGCGAACUAUGUCCUGACGGAAGUCCGGAACGCGCCAAAGACGUUGCGGAGGGCGGCGCCGAUUGCAGUUUCGGUCGUGACGUUGCUCUAUCUGUUGGCCAACAUAUCAUAUUUCGCCGCUAUGUCCAAGAGCGAAAUCGCCGAUUCGCACGUCGUCGUCGCGGCUAAGUUCUUUGAGAAUGUGUGGGGCGAGAGUGCCUUCGUCAAAAAUGUCUUGCCGCUGUUCAUCGCCCUCUCGGCGCUGGGCAAUGUCUUUGCGCAGUCCUUUGCUAUGCCGCGAGUGAAGCAGGAGCUCGCCAAGGAAGGCGUGCUGCCGUGGUCUCGGUUCUGGGCCAGCGACUGGCCCUUCAACGCGCCCACCGGGGCAAUCUUCCUGCACUGGAUCAUUACCAGUGCUUUGAUCUUGGGAUCUCAAACACCGGAUGUCUACACUUUCGUCACAAACGUCUUCGUGUACAGCGGCAACUGGAUCAAGGUAUUGCUCGCCGCCGGCCUCGUCUACCUCAACUUCUCCCCCUCAGAACGGUGGGCGGAGCAGCGGACGACCUUCCGCAGCUCGCCCCUUCUGACCAUCUUCUGGAUUGUGUCCCUGCUGUUUGUGCAGGCGGCGUCCUUCAUCAAGAACGGUCUCCUCGACCAAGUGCCGUUCUAUGUGAUGCCGACUUUCGGCACCAGCCUGCUGGCCGUUGGCACAGGGUACUGGCUGGUUUGGGCCAAGGUGCUGCCCGCGUUCGGCUACCAUAUCCAGCACGAGAUCGUUCAGAUGCCUGAUGGAAGCGAGAGGGUGAAGUACAAGAGGGUUAAACCCAAGAAGCGCAAGAGGCAGGGACAGUGGAACCGGCAAAGGAAGCAGUCUGUUUGGUAAUGGGCUGAGGCUUAAGAAAGGUUUUGGCUGAUAUAAACAAUUUGCGGUUUCAUGAGUGAUAUCCAACAUGGACUCGGAGUCUGGGGAGUUUUUUGUAGCAGAAAACAAGACUGCUUUUUCAUUGUCCAAAAACGUUACCCCUGAAUUCGGGAUCAUGGAACCCCUGAAUGUGGCUUCAGCUUAGUGGACCACUGGGCCGGUUCAACGGCUUCCCCCGCUGUUUUAGGCGGAGGGCUACAAAAAGAUAUCUUCAAAAACAUAUCGUCGCAGGAAAUCGUGGAUGCUUGUUAACCGGUUAAGUGCUGCGCGACAUGUCA